UGGCUGCUCGGCGAAGCCCGGUCUCCGGGUAAGAUGGCAGCGGACGGACAGUGCUCGCUCCCCGCUUCAUGGCGGCCGGUGACCCUCACCCACGUCGAAUAUCCUGCAGGCGAUCUCUCUGGCCAUCUCCUUGCCUGCCUGAGCCUCAGCCCCAUAUUUGUCAUCGCUGGUUUUGUGACCCUCAUCAUAUUCAAGCGGGAGCUGCACACGAUCUCGUUCCUUGGGGGCUUGGCACUGAACGAGGGGGUCAACUGGCUGAUCAAACACGUCAUCCAGGAGCCACGGCCCUGUGGAGGUCCCCACACGGCAGUGGGCACCAAGUACGGGAUGCCCUCCAGCCAUUCCCAGUUUAUGUGGUUCUUCUCCGUCUAUUCCUUCCUUUUUCUGUAUUUAAGAAUGCACCAAACGAACAACGCCAGGUUCCUGGACUUGCUGUGGAGGCAUGUACUCUCCCUGGGUCUCCUCACCGUGGCGUUUCUAGUCUCCUAUAGCAGGGUCUACCUGCUGUACCACACCUGGAGCCAGGUGCUCUAUGGGGGCAUCGCUGGAGGCCUCAUGGCCAUCGCCUGGUUCGUCUUCACGCAGGAGGUCCUCACCCCCCUGUUCCCUAGGAUAGCAGCCUGGCCUAUCUCUGAGUUCUUCCUAAUCCGAGACACGAGCCUCAUUCCCAACGUACUCUGGUUUGAGUACACGGUAACCCGGGCAGAAGCCAGGAACAGACAGCGCAAGCUGGGGACGAAACUGCAGUGACGGGUGAGUGUGGCUGUCUCCAGCCUCCAGAUCUGGCCUGCACGAUGCCUUGCAGGGUGGAUGGAAUGACAGACGGAGGGACGAAGCAGAGACCUCUACAGACCCAAGUCACCGAGUGGAGCCUUUUUUUUCUUAUUUUAAUUUUAAUGAACAAGGUGGACCAAAGGGCUGAGCCAGCCCCUCAGCCAGGACCCUGGAGGGCCUGUUGCCGGGGGGCCUCACAGCCAGAGACCCUCACAGUGCUGCUGCCAGCCCCCAGUUGGGCGGAAAGUGCCCCUGACGUGGGCACUGGGGCAUGGGGUAGAGAAGGAGGGCUUGAAUCUCUGGCCGCAGGGCCAGGAAAUGUAGGUGGCGUGAAAAAUGCACACUAUUUAUUUUUUGGUUUUGUCAAAGGCAGAUGGGAUUUUGGAGAGGGACUGGAAGACCCAGCUCUGCGGGGGCUGCCCUGCGUACCGAGGAGCCCAGGUCAGCUUCCCAGGCCCUUUGCCCUGGGCCCGAGAGAUGGCCUGGGGGCCCAGGAGGAGGGAGCACCCCCAUGCCCCCCCUGCCGCCAACGCCAUUCCAGAACCUCGGUCAGUGUUUCCCGUGUGGGAGCCAGGCCCAGAGAGAGCAGGCGUCUGCGCUGCCAUCGCUGUGUCCUACCCGCAUCGACCCUGCGCCGCAAGGGCUUUCUCUGGUUCCCUGUCCCCAAGACAGCGGUCCCUUUCUGAUGAAAGAGCCUGCGCCUGUGGGUGAGCAAACCCAAGCUGUUUACAGCUCUUUCCUGUCCUGCGUCCGCUAGUGGGUCGUCUUCAUCUCCACCCGAACAAAAUGCAGAGGAAGCAGGAGCUGGUGAGAGGAGUAGGGCAGCGGUGCCUACUGUCCCCACCCUUCCCUCCCCUCUGUGUGCUCUGAGCAUUCCUUGUCCUUCCCGACCCCCCUCCGAGAGGCUGGGAACCUGCUUGGGUCACCCCAAACCUGUGUCCGGGGUGUGGCUCACAGAUCCCCACUGCCCAGCUCGGAGGACGACUCCUCCCAAUCUUGAAGCCGCUUUGAAAUGGAGCUGUGGAGAGGAGAUGCGUCCAGACUUGGAAGCUUCUAGAACUGAACCAGGCUGCUCGGGACCUGUGUUCAGGGCCCGACCCCCCUCCCUCCCCCGGCCGCCUUUUCUUUGUGGAGGUUCCUAAUCUGCUGCUGAAGCACAAUAUUUUGGUGCUUUCUUUUCUCAUUUGUUAAAGACAGUGUCCAAAGCCAUUCCAGAUGCCAGGACCAGGGGCCUGUUUCUGGGGAAGGUUGGUCAGUCCCCACAUUUUCCUUUCCUUCCCUUCUCAUUUUUAUUUUUUACAUUUUGCCUGAGAUAAGCCAAGUGUGAGGUGGUUUGACUUAAGAAAAAUCAAUGAAAAUUGUUUACUAUUGUUUUAAAAUAAAAUCUUCAACUCUGGCAGCUUGAACAUGUUGACUGAGCUGAUGGGAGGAGCCGGGGACGUGGCUGUGCGGACACACAACCCGAGGGGCAAGGGCAUGGUUAAGACCAGAAGAUCGUGCCCGUCUCCAAGACACCUAGUCCCCUCCAGCCCCCAAAGCCAGGGUUGGAAUGGCCUCUGUGACAUACCCCACUGGGGUCUGAGGACAGCUCCCUUCCAUUGAGUUUUUUUCGUCCCAGUCUACCUCCCCCUGUGGCGCUGGCUGGCUCUGCUCUCAGUAAGCCUAGCUUCUCCUUCAUGUGACAGCCCUUGAAGACUGGGGAGAACCAGCAUGUCCUUCCUAAGCCUCUGCCAGGAUACAGACCUCCACUCCUUGCUGAGUUCAGUGCUGCUUUAGCGUGCGGACAGGUGAGUAUCGUGCUUUGGAAGAAAUAACUGCAAACUGACCUGGGUUUUGGAUGCCUUGUAGGAGUGAAAAGAACACAAGCCAUUUCAGGGGUCCAAUGUGGGGGUUCUAACCCUUCUUUAAUUCAUUAACCUGAGAUUCAUAACAGCUUCACCCUCAGGUGAAUCAGAAGUAAUCCCAUCCUCACAUGAGCUCGAAGGCUGGGUUUGGGUUCCCCACCACGGUCCACACAACCUGGACAUUUAGUUAAGGUGACCUCAUCCCAGACGUGUGGCAGAAGCAAACAGAUCUCUGGAAGAAGGAACCUUCAUGCCAGACUUCAAUUAUUUAUACAGUUUUAAGAAACUACCAUGAACAAAAUAUAGACAAAGAUGACCAGGUAGGAAAGGAAUCACCACCAUCCUUGAGAACUAGCUGGAAACAAGUAUUAGAAACAAACCCACACAUACUUCAGGUGCUGGAAUGAUCGAGCACAGAUUUUAAGUUGUUUUACUUUUUUAAAGAAGUAAGGGACAAACUUGAAAAUAUCUGCAGGACUUCGCUGGGCGUGCACUGGUUGAGAAUCCACCUGCCAGUGCAGGGGACACAGAUUUGAUCCCUGGUCCGGGAAGAUCUCACAUGUCAUGGAGCAGCUAAGCCCGUGUGCUACAACCACUGAGCUUGCGCUCUAGAGCCUGCGAGCCACAACUAUUGAGCCCACGCACCACAACUACUGAAGCCCAUGAACUCUAGGGCCUGCGUGCUGCAACUACUGAGCCCUUGUGCUGCAACUACUGAAGCCCACACGCCUAGAGCCCGUGCUCCACGAGAAGCCACUUCGAUGAGAAGCCCACGCACCACAACGAAGUAUAGCCCCCGCUCACCACAAAUGGAGAAAGCCCGCACGCAGCAACGAAGACCCAAGGCAGCCAGAAAUAAAUAUAUGUAUAUGUAUGUAUGUAUGUAUGUGUGUAUAUAUAUGUGUAUCUGCAGAGAACAGGAAACUAUAACGUGAAUGCUGGCAGAUUUUUCAAUGAAUACUGGAAAAUAUGAUAGCUAAAAAACAAGAACUCAGUAGGUAGAUUUAACAGCAGACUAGACAUAGUUAAAGAGAAAAACUGGAGGUCAGAGGAAAUCCAGGAUGCAGCAAGAGAGAGGACGGGGCCGUCUCAUGAGCCCUGAGGUUUCCCUGAAUCCCGGGUAAACGCUGCUUUUUACCCCAGUUGGCACUCACCCACACGUUCACCCUGGUUGGGCUCUCAGAGAGCUGCCCAGCACCCCACCUGCGGGUUGCCCAACUCCUUUUCCCAUUCAGUUGGUCACCAAGCCCUGCUCACUCCACCUUGUCAGUGUCUUUUGAAAUAGCCACUUUCUCUGCCUUCCAGGCCAGUCUGGGUCCCAGCCCACUACCCCCUGCUCAGCAGCAGCAAAGCCUCCUGGCAGGUGGCCCUCAUCCCCACCCAUCAGGGCCCUUCAGUCCAUUCCUCAGCAUCUUCCUAAAGCAUCGUCCUCAGUGUCUUGGGAUAAAACCCAAGCCUUUAACUUGGCCCAUGGCAUCCAGCCCUCACUCAACCUUGGGGCUCUGCUCCAGGCCUGCCCUUGAUUCCAGCCACUGCACUUUCCCAAUGGAGAGAGCAAAAUCAAGUUCAUGCCAACCCGGACAAACUUUUAGAGGACCUAGGUAAAAGCCAAGUAAUCUUUAUUAUUAAUUUUAUUAUUCUCAAAUUUCAAAUGCUGUAUUACACAAAGUACAUAAAUUGAGGACAGUUCUUUUUCACUCAUUUUGCAAAAAAAAAAAAAGUUCUUCUGCAUCAUUGGCAUCAGGGUCUGGUUGUCCCUGGGCAACCUCUGGGUCUGCUGACCUAGUUCUCCUGGGUCCACUAGACAGGCAGUUUGGGAUA